AUGAUUCAUUUGUGAAUCGCUCACAUCAGCCACUGCAGGCAGGCAGCCGAACCCGCCGCCUGUGAUGGAGGAGCGGAUCUGAUCCGAUUUUACCGGCUCCUCCGACAAAUAUGCUGCUCGAACAAACCCGGUUUCCACAUAAAAUCACCGAAACCACCGACUAAUUGAUAUGUGAACUGAAUCAGGUGGCAGUCAGAUCCAGUAAAGUCAUGUACUCUGAGUGGCGGUCUUUACACCUGGUGGUCCAGAGCGAUCAGGGUCACCUGAGUGUUUUGCACACUUACCCAGCUGGUGUGGGUCGAGACGUGGCAAACGCUGUGGUUCGGCCCCUGGGAAACAGCCUUGGAGGAGUGCCGUCUGAGUGCCUUCUCAAGACUGACAAGGAGGUGAAAUGGACCAUGGAGGUGCUGUGUUACGGCCUGACGCUCCCUCUGGACGGAGACACAGUUAAGUUGUGUGUGGACGUUUACACUGACUGGAUCAUGGCACUAGUGUCUCCAAGAGACUCCAUACCACAGCCUAUAAUCAAAGAGCCCGACCUCUACGUCCAAACCAUCCUCAAACACUUGCACAACCUAUUCCUUCCCAGACCAGAGAACUUCAGCCUGGUGCACUUUAAACUGUGUCAGCAAGUGUUGUCGGCGGUGCAGAAACUAGCGCGAGACUCAUCCAGCAUGGCCAGAGAGACCUGGGAGGUGCUGCUGCUCUUCCUGCUGCGCAUCAAUGACACGCUUCUGGCCCCGCCCACUGUGGGAGGAGGUCUAGCUGAGAAGCUGGCAGAGAAGUUGAUCAGUGUGCUGUUUGAGGUUUGGUUUCUGGCCUGCACACGCUGUUUCCCCACGCCGCCCUACUGGAAAACCGCCCGAGAGAUGCUGGCCAACUGGAGGCAUCAUCCUCCGGUGGUGGAGCAGUGGAGUAAAGUCAUCGCCGCGCUCACGUCCAGGCUGCUGCGGUUCAUGUACGGUCCGUCGUUUCCUCCGUUUAAAGUGCCAGAAGAGGACGCCAGUCUCAUCCCAGCAGAGAUGGACAAUGACUGCGUGGCUCAGACGUGGUAUCGCUUUCUACACAUGCUCAGUAAUCCUGUGGACCUGAGCAAUCCCGUCAUUGUGAGUUCCACGCCGAAGUUUCAGGAGCAGUUGUUGGGUGUGAACAGUGUUCCUCACGAGGUGAUCCAGCACCCUUGCCUCAAACAGCUGCCUCAGAUCUUCUUCAGAGCCAUGAGGGGCAUCAGCUGCCUCGUCGACGCUUUCCUCGGUGUCGCUGUUACUCAGAAACUUGAGUGUCGUGAAACUCUGCCCUCUUCUGGAGUCACAGUGUCUAGGAGCAAUAUUCGAGACAGACUUCCCUCCAUAGGUGUUGCAGUAUCUCGGAAUAAUCUCCGAGAAAGGCUCCCGUCUUAUGGUAUAUCCCGCCCCCGCUCUGACAGUGCUCCGCCCACUCCUGUCAAUAGGCUCAGUAUGCCACCGCCCCCAACAACAACCAACACAACACCGCCUCACAACCGCAGGCACCGCCCCACUGCUGUUGCCAAGACAACCAGCAAAUCCUCAACGACUGGGCAGACCAGAGUAUCGCAUCAGCCUUCGUCCACAUCUCCUCUCUCCAGCCCAAACCAGACGAGCUCCGAGCCCCGUCCGCUCCCGGCUCCGACCCGGCCCAAAGUCAACAGCGUGUUAAAUCUGUUCGGCCAGUGGCUGUUUGACGCUGCGCUGGUCCACUGUAAACUGCACUCCGGCCUGAGCAGAGACAGCAGCAUGACUGCAACAUUUUUCCAAAUUCUUCUUUCUUAUAAAUCUUCACUGGCCACUCAAGCUGGAGUUGAACUGAGGCGUAAGGGCUCUCAGAUGUCCACAGACACCAUGGUCUCCAACCCCAUGUUUGACGCCAAUGAAUUUCCUGAUAAUUAUGAGUCGGGUCGAGCUGAAGCAUGCGGGACGCUCUGCAGGAUCUUCUGCAGUAAGAAAACAGGAGAGGAGAUUCUUCCCGUCUACCUGUCCAGGUUCUACAUGGUGCUGAUCCAGGGUCUUCAGAUUUCAGACUUCAUCUGCAGGCCGGUCUUAGCCAGCAUUAUCCUGAACUCUUCUGCUCUGUUCUGCUCCGAUCUCAAGGGAAUCAAUGUAGUGGUUCCCUACUUCAUAUCUGCACUGGAGACCAUCCUGCCGGACCGAGAGCUGUCGAAGUUUAAGUCUUAUGUGAAUCCUACUGAGCUGAGAAGAGCCUCCAUCCACAUCCUGCUGUCCAUGCUUCCGCUUCCUCACCACUUCGGCAACGUCAAAUCAGAGGUUCUGUUGGAAGGGAAAUUCAGCAAUGAUGACAACUCUCUCCACGACAAGGCGGUCACCUUCCUCUCCCUGAAGCUGCGAUUGGUCAAUAUUCUGAUCGGCGCCCUGCAAACAGAGACAGACCCGAUCAAUACACAGAUGAUACUGGCGGCGAUGCUGAAUAUCGUGCAGGAUUCUGCUCUGCUGGAGUCUGUUGGUGCUCAGGCUGAAGUGGGCAGUGUGGAUGGCAGCCAUUCUCUGGCUAAGAGUCACAGUCGUAAUAACAGUGGCAUCAGCAAUGCUAGCGCAGGCAGUUCAGAAGCCACCACUCCAGACAGCGAACGCCCGGCACAGGCCCUGCUGAGAGACUACGCUCUCCACACAGACACUGCGGCCGGGCUGUUGAUCCGCAGCAUUCACCUGCUCACCCAGAGACUCAACUCUCAGUGGAGACUCGACAUGAGCAUCUCUCUGGCGGCGCUCGAGCUGCUCGCGGGACUCGCCAAGGUGAAGGUGAGCGUGGAGUCGUCUGACCGCAAGCGUGCCGUCAGCUCGGUCUGCAGUUAUAUUGUGUAUCAAUGCAGUCGUCCAGCUCCGCUUCAUUCCAGAGAUCUGCACUCCAUGAUCGUCGCUGCUUUCCACUGUCUGUGUGUGUGGCUUACUGAACACCCCGACAUGCUCAAUGAGAAGGAUUGUCUGAUUGAAGUGUUGGAGAUCGUGGAGCUCGGCAUCUCCGGCAGCAAGUCCAAAACAGGCGAACAGGAAGUGAAGUAUAAAGGAGACAAAGAGCACAACCCUGCAUCUAUGAGGGUCAAAGAUGCCGCAGAGGCCACGCUAUCAUGUAUAAUGCAGGUUUUGGGCGCGUUCCCAUCUCCCAGCGGUCCCGCAUCGCCCUGCAGUCUGCUGAACGAGGACACGCUCAUCAAAUACUCCAGACUCACCUCCACUUCUCACAGCAACUUCAGAUACUUCGUCCUGGAUAACUCCGUCAUCCUCGCCAUGCUGGAGCAGCCGCUGGGGAACGAACAGAAUCCCUGUCCGUCUGUCACCAUGUUAAUUAGAGGUAUGUCUGGCCGACAUGCAUGGACUAUGCAGCUUUUCCAUCAGCCUCGAGGAGCAAGAGCCAAUCAGAAGCAAGUGUUUGUUCCUGAAAGUCGACCCACUCCCAAAAAUGAUGUUGGGAUUCGGUUUAACGUCAAGCACAGGCCGUUCCCAGAAGAAGUAGAUAAGAUUCCCUUUGUGAAAGCCGACCUGAGCAUCCCAGACCUCCAUGACAUUGUGGACAAAGAGCUGGAGCAGCAGCAUGAUAAGCUGCGAGUGGUGAUGGGGAAGCAGAUCGAUUACGAGACCAAACUAGAGCACCAUACUGAGGACCUGUGGAGGAAUAAAGCCUUCCCAGACCCACUGACCGACUGUAAACCGCCAGCUCCUGCUCAGGAGUUCCAGACUGCUCGCCUUUUCCUGUCACACUUUGGCUUCCUGUCACUAGAGGCGCUCAAGGAGCCUGGAAACAGUCGUCUUCCUCCUCACCUCAUCGCUCUGGACUCUUCAGUGCCGGGUUUUUUCGAUGAUGUGGGAUAUCUGGACCUGCUGCCGUCCCGGCCGUGUGACACCGUCUUCAUCUUCUACAUGAGAGCAGGACAGAAGAGCAGCCAGGAGAUCUUGAAGAACGUGGAGUCCUCCGCAAACGUGCAGCCACAUUUCCUGGAGCUGCUGCUGUCACUGGGCUGGCCCGUGGAGGUCGCUCAGCAUCCAGGCUGGACGGGUAGUGUGUUCACCAGCUGGACCAUCAACACAUCCAACGGCGCUGACACACCAGAUGACUCUGUGACUCUGGGUGACACUGGCGGUGGUGUGUUUAACGGAGAGAAGCAGGUUCUCUAUUACGCAGACGCUCUGACAGAAAUCGCAUUUGUGGUGCCGUCUCUCAGCGACUCCUCUGCGGAGUCAUCAGAGCACAGCUUCCCCACCGCAGACUCCGACUCUCAGAUGGAGCUGCUGCCCAGUUUACUCAAACAACCCAACCUCACGCUGGAGCUCUUCCCAAACCACUCUGACAACAUGGGCCCUGCGCAACGGUCGCCCACAGCGAAAAACAAGAAGUUGCCGCCCGGAAGGACGAUACCGCCGCUGGGACCCGACACCAAAGUGUUGGUGGUGUGGGUUGAGCGAUACGACGACAUUGAAAACUUCCCUGUGUCAGAGUUACUAGCAGAGACGAGCACCGGUGUGGAGACGGCCGUCAAUAGCAGCGCAUCCAGGUCCAGCUCCUCAGAGAAGGACGUCCCCAUAGUGUUCAUCCAUCCACUGAAAACCGGCCUGUUCCGCAUCAAACUGCAGGGCGCUCUGGGAAAAUUCAACAUGGUCAUUCCUCUGGUGGACAACAUGGUGGUCAGCAGGAGAUCACUGGGUUUUCUGGUGCGUCAGACUGUAAUCAACGCGUGUCGGCGGAAGCGUCUGGAGAGCGACUCCUACAGUCCUCCACACGUGCGGCGGAAACAGAAGAUCGCAGAAAUCGUGAACCGUUACCGAAACAAGCAGCUGGAGCCCGAGUUUUACACCUCGCUCUUCCUGGAGGUCAACGAGACCAGCCUCAAACCCUAAACGAACACAAACCCCGCUGCUAUCGAGGCCACAUUCAUCUUUUUAUAUCAGUUUGGUCAAAUCUUUUCUCCUCUACACCAUCAGCGCACACCGGUUGGAGGAUUGCUGAUCCAUUGGUCAAAACCAAUCCUCAAUUUACUGAAGAAUUCCUGAUCUCAUGAAGAAUCAAAGUAAUAUUUCACUCCAAAUUAAAUAAGAGAUAUGAAGAGUUCAGCUGCAAAAACCUGCAGAAAACUAAAAGUGCAGAAAUUUCCAUCAAAAAUGCGCAUUUUUCUCAGCCUCCUUUGUUCAUGUUGAGAUAUUUCACUUUAAAGACCAGGAAGAGGACUUAUUCUUUGCCAUAAGAAUGAUAUAACUGAACACACACACAGGAGCCUGAUAAAGAUGCUCAUUUUAGAGAAACAUUUCAGACGGCAUUUAGAGGCAACUAAACUCUUCAUGUAUGUAUAUAUUUAUAUAUAUUUGCAUAUUUUGCAUAAAGGAAUUAAAGCCUUUUAGGUUAAAUAAGAUUGUGAUUAUAAUUUUGUACAUUUUCAUUAUUAUUAAAUUUGAUUCUCUUUUUUUUUUUGCGUUCCAUUAAUGAGUGUGACUAUAAUCAACGUGUGUCGGUGGAAGCGUCUGGAGAGCGACUCCUACAGUCCUCCACACGUGCGGCGGAAACAGAAGAUCGCAGAAAUCGUGAACCGUUACCGAAACAAGCAGCUGGAGCCCGAGUUUUUGGUCAUUUUCAUUAUUAUCAAAUUUGAUUAUUAUUUUAUUUGCAUUCCGGUAAUGAGUAUGAGUAGGCAAUAAGCAAAAUAAAUAGUUGUGCAAAAUAUAAAAGUGUAUUAAUAAAUAAUAAAUGUUAAGAAAUUAAAUAAGCGAGGCAUUAUUUA